GGGCUGUUUGGGCAUUGCGGCACCUACCUGCUGCGAGGUCUUUGUGUCAGCGGCAAACACGCCGACAGCAUCAGCACCCUUGCGGGUUAAUGGCAUUAAGGGACGGACAGACGACUAAGACUGAUGAUGAAUAUGCAGGAACUUCGUCCACACUUUAAGUGCUUAGCAAAUUCUCAUUCAUGCUCGUUCUAGGUCUUACACCAGCCGCUUUCCAUGACACCGACCAUGGAUGGUUGUCAGCAUCAAAGAGCACUUUUGUCGAGAUUUUCCCGCUCUCCAGGUCCCUGAUUACUCGACAAGAUGUUUCUCCCAAGGCAUCCACCUCGGUCGUAAACGUCGCAUGUUAUUGGGUCCGUCUUGGACAUGUCGCCCAAAGGAGAAAAUGGCAGUUGGGAUAUCAGAUCAGACUCCGCCACAUUUCAUUUCCGACAUUGCUCGCAAUGCUUUGAGUCCCAGGCAGCCACUUCUCAAUUUCGACAUAAUUUUCCAAUCGGACAACUGUCCCGAAACUCGCACCGGGAACCCGCGCCUGGACCGAGGCCACCCUCCAGAGUCAUGCCAUGGACGGGCCACGGCACAUCCGCACUUGAGCAAUCCGCACUUGAGCAGACCUCGCAAUCGGGCUCGGGUUGGUUUGCCCCCCCCCCCCCCCCCUCAAAGAAAAGGACCAGGCAGUUCCAAUAAGUGCCAGGCAGUUCUGGAAAGGACCAGGCAGUUGCAAAUUGGACCGCGCAGCGAGACGACCAAGCAAGAAAUAAAUUCAAUGAGACGGGCAGCCAAUCACACGGACGGAAUAGGAGGCUUGCUUGUAAAUAUCUCGGCCCUCGCGUCGUGGAGUCACCACGCCAAUGCAUGGUCAUCCCUCGUUUCUCUGCCGAUAUGCGUGGUACCAUACGCGUCCGUUGACAAUUGCCAAGGGAAAAUCCCGGCUGCCGGCUUGUGUCACAGGGUCUCGGUAUCGAGGCUGGCUGCCCUCAAGCUUUGCAUGCCGAGAACAUGAGGUAUCAAUCUAACAACAGGCGACCUAGUUUGUGAUUUCGAUGUUGAGGAAGCAGGGGCAAUAUACCAGGGCUCCGAGAGCCCAGUCGAUUUU